GAAGUGAAACGAAAGUGAAAGAUGAAUGCACAUUUAUGGAAUUUCCCCCCAAAGCCUGACGGUGCUUAUAUAAAGCAGAGUGAACUCACAGCCCGUACUCUUGGAGGAACCUGAAGAGAGUGAAACCUGACACCAACAUGCAGUACGACUGGGCUGAAGAUGACUUUGACGUGCCUGAGGGUGUGGUUCGCCUGGGCGAUCUCCCGCCAGUUAGUGAUAGAAAGUAUGUCAUGUACCAUGGCACCACCAAGAAGGCAGCUCAAUUAAUCUGUGCCAAUGGUUUUAAACAGUCUAGAGAUGGGAUGCUCGGCCCUGGUGUCUACCUCAGCAGAGACCUGCAGAAAGCAAGCCGCUAUCCCAUUGGUCACCCUGAGUCUGACAGGACCGUCAUUAAGGUUAUGGUCAAUGUGGGGAAAGUGAUCGCCAUCAAUUCUCAAGGCCACCAAUAUCGGAAGACCUGGCAUCUCUACGGCUAUGACACCGCCUGGGUACCACCCAAUUGUGGAAUGGUGAAGAGUGGUUUGGAAGAGGAUUGUGUCUGGGAUCCCAAUCGGAUCAAGAUUCUUAAAACAAUCCAACCACGCCCAGUCCCAACCUGCGUUCCACUGGGCCUCUCUGUGCCAGAUGAUAGAAAAAAGCAUGUUAUGUACCAUGGCACCACCAGGCAGAAUGCUGAAACCAUCAUGAAAUACGUUUUUUGCCGCAGUCUGAGAAGGGGGAUGCUCGGCCCUGGCAUCUACCUCAGCAGAGACCUGCAGAAAGCCAGCGCCUAUCCUAAACAUCACCCUAUAUCUGACAAGGUUGUCGUUAAGGUUAUGGUCAAUGUGGGGAAAGUGAUCACCAUCAGUUAUCAAGGCCACCCAUAUCAGAAGACCUGGCAUCACUACGGCUAUGACACCGCCUGGGUACCACCCAGGUGUGGAAUGGUGCCGAGCGGUUUGGAGGAGGAUUGUGUCUGGGAUCCCAAUCGAAUCCGGAUCCUUAAAACCAUCAACACACGCCUAGUCCAAUGCCCAUUUCAACCUGGAGAUGGAGACGGCGCAUUUGGCUACAUGUGAGCUCUAUGAGAUGUUACCAAGUUAUUUUGUAUGUAUUUUUUAUAUAUUUGGAUAAAAAGUACAUUACAUUUGUAUGUGGUUACUGUGUCAUUGUACCCUGGAAAAUAACUGGUUGAUUUUAAA